AUGUUGCGUACACUUGUUCGAAGAGCACACGUCCACAAGCCUGGAUUCAGAUUCCCGGAUCGAAAGGCUCCCAAAGAAGCCCAUACACCACACCCUCACCCAGCAGCGCCUUCCAACAUCGUCUCGUCCUUCGAUCACUUCCAAAAGGUGUUUGCUUCCGGUCCUCACUUCCAUCCUGAAAAGCUAGAACAACCUUCUUCCUCUAACAGCGCCUCAUCACCACGCUCAGGGAGCGGCAGUGGGCUGCUCGGAAAUGUCGAUAUGAACGGUAGAGAGGUGGCCGAAGAUAUCCAUCUGUUGCCAGAGAGGUUCUGGAAGACACCGGCACUCGCUUUCUCGGACGCUGAGAUGGAGGCCGUUAUGACUGGAGGAGCAAACUAA